AGAAGUUGUGACUAGCUGGAUUCCUGAUUUUGAUUUGGAAAGAGAAGGUAUUGGUCACAACAUGGCUCCUAAGAAAUCCAAGAAGUCUAAUGAAUCUAUCAAUGCGCGUCUAGCGUUGGUUAUGAAAUCCGGAAAGUACGUUCUUGGUUACAAACAAACCUUGAAAACUUUACGUAACGGGAAGAGUAAGUUGGUAAUUAUUGCCAGCAAUACUCCACCCCUACGUAAAUCCGAGAUUGAAUACUACGCUAUGCUUGCUAAGACCGGCGUCCAUCAUUAUGUCGGCGAUAACAACGAGCUGGGAACCGCCUGUGGAAAGUACUUCAGAGUGUGUACCCUCUCCAUCACCGAUCCUGGAGAUUCGGAUAUUAUCCGAACCAUGCCCGGAGCCACAGUUGAGGCAUAGAUUUAUUUUUCCUGUUUUUCAG